UAGCGCUUUUACCCUCUGAACCACGAACCACCAACUAGCCCAUGUGCAUACCUUUCUACUCUAUAUAUCUUUGCACCUAAAGUUGAGGCGCAGCCGACACUAAAAGUCAAUGCGAUUAAUCAAACAGCGUCCAAAUAUAACAUCAUCUGAACCAAUCAAGUACAUCCAAUGUGCCGUGACUUGCGAUUUUAGUAUUUGUGUUCGCGAUUCUAUGUAUUCUAGCCUUCGAUUAGGCUCUGACCCAAGAUGGAACGAACUAUACGAAGCCGAAACUUUCCAAGGCCGCGUGAAACAAACCGGUGCCAAGCUUCUCGGGGAACUGCAAGGCGCCAUCGACAGACUGCAAGCUGGAUUACCAAAUUUUGAUGUCCUUUACAAGAAAAUGAAAGACGUUCAAGCAACACGUAAGUGA